UUCCCAGUAGCGACAAUAUAUACACGGUCACGUAUGAGUGCAUGAUAACCAAAACAAAAAUAGUAAUUAGCAACUUAUGACUCGCCAUGGCAUACGUGACUUCCCACUUAAAUCCUCACUUGGUCCCCAGCUGUCAUACUUUAAUUCACGCAUUGUAAAGGCUGUGUCUGCAAGGUGCUGUUGCUCACAGGCGCGUCGGAUGGUGGCGUCUUGUGCUGGUCUCUGCUCCUCUAGCCUGGCGCGUGUCUCGUGGCUGAGUUGUGCGUUGUUGGCUCUAUCUACAUAGGCUCUUAGAAGUCUGGAAGCUUCUCUCUCUGGUUCGGGGUGCGUUGGUGCUGCUGGUACUCUUCGGCCUCUUGCGGUGUUGACACGUUUCCACAAUGCGCUGAGGGUGGUGUGAGCGUUCAUUCCGGAGCACCAUUCUAUCCAUUUUUCAGAUCUGAUUCUAAAGUUAUUCUACGUACACGCCAUUAGGUCCAUCGUAGACUACGCGGCCCCGCUCAUAGCUUCCCUAGCUCCAAACGAGAUGGAACACCUCGAAAAAUUACAAAAUCAAGCGCUGCGCAUCAUGCUUGGCGCACCAGGGUGGACAAAGAUUGUAAAUAUGAGAGCCGAAGCCGACCUCCCGCAGAUAAACCAUCGAGUACACGCAAUGAACACUUCCUUGCUCGCCAAGACACUUGCCCAGCCCAGGUACUCGGAAGUGGCCAGGAGGGUGCAACAGAGCCUCGCCCAGGAUGAAGACCUCUUCACGAAAAGAACAUGGGCACACACAACAGCGCAGGGCAUUAAAACACUGCAGGUACAAGCACCUCUUCUCUCCCGAACAACAGACGCCCAACACCCUGAUUACGAACCCCCACCGCCAUGGCAGGAGCCACUAUACCACUUCUCUGUAACCAGGCUGACAGCCAGCAAAGCGUCCCUCAGCGCAGACGACCUCACAGCCCAAGCUAGACAGGCACUCCGCGCCGUGGAUGAUGCAGACGCUGAGAUAUACUCGUAUUUCACCGAUGGAUCAGUCGAUCCUGAGACAUACAGAGCUGCUGCUGCUUUUGUGCACUGCGAUAACACUGGCAUCUUCCGCCUACCAGACCACUCAUCAACGCUGCAGACAGAAUUAGCAGCCAUUGUAAAGGCACUUGACGCGCGACACAAGGACAAGGACGUGGUAAUCCACACUGACUCCAUGGGCGCAAUACAGUCCCUCCAACGAGGACACACAAACGACAACAUCAACCUAAUCACCAGCAUCCACGCUAACGCCCAAGCCAUCCAGAGAAGAAACAGAAAGAUCACACUCAACUGGAUACCCAGCCACACGAACAUCCCAGGGAACGACAAAGCCGAUGCAGCAGCGAAAGACGCCCUCCUACUCCCCACUGUGACGCAUCACGUAGUGCCAUCCAGAGCACACAUCACCAGCACAGCUAAAAAUGCCUGCAGGACGCUAUACAAACAAGCAGUGAGAAACCAGGCAGCAGAAGGGUCUCCGAGCUCAAACUGGUACACCAUUGCAACACACAACACCCCGCCACUCGACAACACACUGCCACGACACACACGAACACGACUACACAGACUGAGACUCGGCUAUCACUGCCUUGCCGAACUAAACAACACACUUCCUCUCACUUGCGAGCACUGUGACACACCCACAUACACGCCACUAAGACAUUACAUAGAAGAUUGCCCUCAAACAGCUCCAUUCCUAAACAGACAAACACAUGACGCCCCAUACAUUAUACACGACACAAACACAAACAGUCUCAUAGCGCUCGUGAACGCGUUCAGGCCACCAAGAACUUGGCACAGGUGGCUGAUGUGGAGUCCCAGCACCUGUAGGAGGAGCUGCAGCAGGAGAAGGCUGUCAAUGAUGAGCUGGAGACUCAGCUCAAAUACCAUGAGGCAGCUCUUCAAGAAUUCCUCUAGUACCAUUACAAAGAAGUAACCGAGACCAUGACAAG